AUGAAAAGAUGGAUUAUAACAUUAAAUUUAUUAUUUUAUAUUACAAUCUUAAAUCAAUGGAAUGGUGCAGAAUCUAAUCCAACUUCCUCAAGCACUGGUUCACCAACCUCUGAAACAGCUGCAGUCGAUUCUGGAUCUACUGAAUCAACACCUGCAGCUACUACAUUAAUACAUAAUAAUCUUGGGUCUAGUUCUACAACUCCUGAUGCUACUCAAUCAUCAGAUACAGCUACUACAGUAGCUAUUCCUAUAGCUCUUGACCUCAAUACUAGUCAAAGUACUAAUGAAUUUGACUACACUGAUCAGAAUGGUGUCGUAACAUUCAAACCUAAUUCUGGAUAUGUAUUCAGCAAGGUAUCUCAGGGUACAAAGAUGGUUUGGGAGUCAACGAAUAAUGUUCAUGUUACUUUGGUAAGGACUAAAUCUGAAGAUAAUAAGAAAUACCUCAUUGUCCUACUGACUAAUGAUAUGUUUAAAGUAUACCAACUGGAGGGAAAUGAGUGGAACGAUAUCACUUCUAUGAGGCGUGAUAUUAGUAAGCUCAAGUUCCUCGGUGAUACUGAUGCUGAGAUCAAGUCGACUGAUUACACAGUGAGUAUUAACUAUUUCUCAUAUGAAUUCAUAUUCAACGAUGGAGUCAAAUGUAAGAUGAUCAAAUAUGGUGAUCAUGAGGUUUGGAAACAUUCUGACGAUACCAAGUUUAAGAUGAUAAAGAAGUUUCGACUUGGUCUUGUUACAAACAGUUUUUUUGUACUUAAUGAAUCUGACUCAAAACAAGUAGCCAUCAAAGUAUCCCUUAACCUUAACAUUAGUGAGUCUACUGACCAUCAUAACUAUACUGACCAUAAUGGAGUUGUUACUUAUACUACUAAGGAUGGAUAUGUUUUUAAUAAGAUAGUUGAUGGUACUACAGGCAUUUGGGAGUCCAAGGAUGAUGUCUUUAGUUCUUUAGUAAUGUCAAAAACUAUAGAUGAUGGUAAAUACCUAUCCAUGCUACUUCAGGAUAAUAGUUUCAAAGUAUUCCAUCUGGAUGUUGGUGAGUGGAAGGAUCUCACUUCAAAGAGACAUGAUAUUACUAAACUCAAGUUCCUUCGAGAAGGUGAUACUGAGAUCACCAAGAAUGACUUUACAGUUAGUAUCGCAGAUUAUUCGUAUAGAUUCACUUUCAAUUCUGGAGUCAGCUGUAAGAAGAUUAAGUUUGGAAAUGCUGAUGUAUGGAAACAUUCUGAAGAUCCCAAGUUUGCAUCAUUGAAGUCAUUUUCACUAGAUCUUCCCACAAACAAGUUCCUCAUUACCAAUCUUAAUGAUCAGUCAAAGCAAGUAGGUAUUAAGGUAACUCUUGAUAUCAGUAAGACUACCAGUACUGAUGAGUUUGAAUAUAAAGAUGAGAAUGAAGUCGUAACAUACACUCCCAAGCCUGGUAAUUUGUUUGAAAAGAUUGUGAAAAAAGGCCUAGUUACUAGUUCUGUAGAUGUUUGGGAAUCUAAAGAUAAUGUCUAUGGUACAUUGGUUAGGAUUAAGGUUACCAAGGGAGUUAAAUAUUUGGCUAUCUUUCUGGAUAAUAAUAUGUUCAUAUUAUUCCAUGAGGAGGCUGGUACUUGGCUAGAUAUCACCUCCUCCAGACCUGAUGUUACUAAACUCAAGUUCCUUGGUGAUACUGAUGUUGAACUCACCUCUUCUAAUUAUACUGUUAUAAUUAACUAUUUCUCGUAUGAAUACACGUUUAAUGAUGGAAUCAAUUGUGUAAAGAUCACAUACAAUAAUAUCCCUGUUUGGAAGCCUACUGACGACUCUAAGUUUGCAGAGAUAAAGUCAUUUCGACUCGGUUUUGCAUCAAACAAUUUCUUCGUUACCAAUUCAUCAGAUCAGACUAAACAUGUAGGUGUCAAGGUCGACCUUGACAUUUCCAAGACCCAGACCACCAGUGAGUUUGAAUACAGUGACAAGAAUGAAGUCGUUACUUACACCGUUAAGACUGGGUAUGUGUUCAACAAGGUAUCUCAGGGUACCACUGUUGUUUGGGUGUCUAAGGAUAAUGUCUUUGGUACAUUAGUAAUGUCGAAGACUGUGGAUGGUGUUAAAUACCUGGCUGUUUUAAUGACUAACAGUAUGUUCAAGUUGUUCAAUCACUACUAUUAUGAGUGGACCGAGAUCACUUCCACAAAGUAUGAUCUCACUAAGCUGAAGUUCUUUGGUAACAAUGAUACUGAACUCAAGUCUUCAAACUUAGAGGUUUCCUUAGUUGAUUUAUCAUACACUUACAAGUUCAAUUCUGAUGUCAAGUGUAAGAAGGUAAAGUAUCGUGAAGAUGAUAUUUGGAAAGACUCUGACGAUUCAAACUAUAAAUCAAUAAAGUCACUUUCACUAGAUCUUUCUACAAACAAGUUCUAUGUUAAGAAUCAGUCUGAUCAGAUAAAAGAAGUAGCCAUCAAAAUAUCUCUUGACAUUGAUAAGACUGAGAGUACUGAUGAGUAUGAGUACAUAAAGGAUUUAGAUUUUAGGACAUACACUCCUAAGCCUGGUCAUCUAUUUAAGAAGAUAUCCCAUAGUACCAUUGAUAUUUGGCAAUCCAAAAAUAAUCUAUAUGCUACAUUGAUCUGCAUUAAGCCUGAAGGUGACUUGAAAUAUCUAGCUAUGCUAUUUCAGGACAAUAUGUUCAAACUAUUCCAUGAGCAGGAAGAUAAGCCGUGGGACAAUAUAACUUCUAAGAGACAUGAUGUCACUAAACUUAGGUUCCUUCGAGAUAAUGAUAGUGAAAUUACAUCAUCGGACUAUAAGGUUAAUAUUGUUGAUCUAUCAUAUACAUACAUAUUCAAUUCUGGUGUUACCUGUAAGAAGAUCACAUACAAUAAUACUCCACUGUGGUCACAUACUGAUGAUUCCAACUUUGCUUCAAUAAAGUCACUUUCACUAGAUCUUGCUAAGGAUAAGUUCUAUGUUAAGAACCAGUCUGAUCAGUUAAAAGAACUAGAUUUCAAAACGACUCCAGAAACUCAAACUACUCCUAUUACUCUGGAUAUCGAGAAGACUGAGACCACUGAUGAAUACUCUUACUCUGACCAAAAUGGACUAGUCACAUUUAGUCCUAAGGAUAACUACGUGUUUAAUAAGAUUACUCAAGGCACUAAGGAUAUCUGGGAUUCCGGUGAUGACGUCUAUAGUACUUUGGUAAUGACUAAGGAUGAUGGGAAUCAGAAAUACCUAUCCAUGCUACUUCAGAAUAAUUCAUUUGUAGUACUUCAGAAGUCAGAUAAUGAUAAUGAAUGGACCAAUUUCACUGCUAAGAGACAUGAUAUUACUAAACUGAAGUUCCUUGGAGAUAAUGAUGUUGACCUCAUGUUUACAGACUAUACAGUAACUUUAGUAGAUCUAUCAUAUACCUUCGUGUUCAAAUCUGGUGUCAAGUGUAAGAAGAUCACAUACAAUGAUAAGUUACUGUGGAAUCAUACUGAUGAUACUAACUAUGCUGAAAUCACGUUAUUUUCAUUGGGACUUACCUCAAACAAGUUCUUUGUCAAGAAUAGCUCAGAUCAGUCUAAGGAACUUAAUGCUGUUACUGAAAUACCAGACGAAGAUGAUGAUGCUGAUGAUCAAGAUGAUGAUGGUACUAUAGAAGAAGACGAUGAUGAUAAAUCAGAUACUACUUCUAUAUGUUCUGACUUCACUGAAUCUACAUCUGCAGAUACUACACCAACUUCAGCAGUCAACAAGGUCUCUCUUGAUAUCAACAAAACUGAGAGUACUAAUGAGUUCGACUUUGCUGAUCAGAAUGGAGUCAUCACUUAUACUCCUAAGGAUAACCAUGUAUUCAACAAGAUAAUUGAUGGUACAAAGGAUGUUUGGAAAUCCAAGGAUAAUGUUCAUGCUUCUUUGGUAAGAGCUACUGAUGACCAGAAAUACCUAGUCAUACUACUUCAGAAUAAUAGUUUUGUAUUACUAAAAUUAUCUGAUAUACCUUGGAAGGACAUAACCUCUGAAAAACAUGAUAUCACUAAACUCAAAUUACUUGGUGACAAUAAUACUGAACUCUCCAAGACUGACUAUACAGUUACCAUAUCUUAUCUAUCCUAUAAAUUCACAUUCAAUGAUGGAGUCAUUUGUAAGAAGAUCACAUACAAUGAUAAUCCACUCUGGACACACACCGAUGAUAAGGACUUUGAAUCCUUAAUGUCAUUUCAUCAGGAUCUUCUUACAAACAAAUUAUAUGUUAUGAAUUCCUCUUAUAAGACAAAGGAAGUAGGUAUCAAAAUCACUCUUAACAUCGAUAAGUCUAAGGAUACAGAUCAGUUCAACUAUUUAAAGAAUGGUAAUUUUAGAACAUACACUUCUAAGCCAGGUUAUCUAUUCAGCAAGAUUAUGAAAAAGGGAUUAGUUGGUAGUGGUGUGGAGAUCUGGGAAGCCAAACCGGAUGAUCAAGCACUUAAAGCAGUACUCAUUGGUUCUAAGAAAAAUUCUAAAUACCUAUCCAUUCUCAUUCAGAGUGGUACAUUUGUACUACUUUUCAAGUCUGGUAAAAAUAAGUCUUGGGUAAAUGUAACUUCUGAGAGACCAGAUGUUACUAAGCUUAAGUUCCUUUUUGAGAAUGAUAUUGAACUCUAUUUAUCAGAUUAUGAUCGAAUCCUGUUCGAGCCAACAUAUGGAUACAAGUUCAAUGAUGGAGUCAACUGUAAGUAUAUCACGUAUUCCGAUGAAUUUGUUUGGAAACACACUGAUGAUACUAAGUUCAAGUCCAUCACUAUCUUCUACCUAGAUCUCAUUUCUAACAAAUUAUUUGUUAAGAAUUCCUCAAAUCAUAAAAUGCAAGUAGGUAUCAAGGUCGCCCUGGAUAUCGAUAAGACUGAAUCUACAGAAAAGUAUUACUUUAAUGAUCAAAAUGGAGUCAUCACAUUUAAACCUAAGCCUGGGUUUUUGUUCAACAAUGUAACUCACGGUACUACUGAUAUUUGGGAAUCCAAGCCUGGUCUUUAUGGUUCCUUAGUUAUGACAAAGACUGAAGAUGGUGCUAGAUAUAUUGCCAUACUUAUGACUAAUAAUGAAUUUGUAUUACUAAAAUUAUCUGGUAAGGAUUUGAAGGACAUAACCUCUGAGAGACCCGAUCUGAAGAAACUUAAGUUCCUUGGAGAUAACGAUACUGAAAUCACUGAAUCAGACUACGAUGUUACAUUAGAAAAUGACUCAUAUACCAUCACAUUCGAUGAAGAUGUCAAGUGUAAGAAGAUUAAGUAUGUAGAUGAUGACCUUUGGACUCAUACUGAUGAUACUAACUUUUCUGAUAUAAAGUCAUUUCAACUUGAUAUUUUUAUGAAUAGAUUCUAUGUUACCAAUUCAUCAGAUAAGACUAAACAAGUUGAUAUAAAGGUCACUCUUGACCUAGAGAAGACUGAGACCACUGAUAAGUUCGAAUACAUAAAGGAUGGUGAUUGUGAAAAAUAUUCUCCCAAGCCUGGAUAUGUUUUUAACAAGAUAUCUGAAGGUACCACUGGUAUCUGGGAAUCCAAAGAUAAUGUCUAUGCUACCUUAGUUAGAACUAAGUCUAAGAAUGGUGUUAAGUACCUAGCUCUCCUAAUGACUGAUGAUAUGUUCACAGUUUUCCAAGAAGAGGCUGGUGAGUGGCAUGAUAUCACAUCUGACAGACAUGAUCUUUCUAAGCUUACAUUCUUUGGUGAAAACGAUACUGAGAUCACCAAGUCUCAAUACACAGUUACUCUCCAAGAUCUAUCAUAUACGUACAAAUUCAACGAUGGUGUCACCUGUAGAAAGAUCACAUACAAUAAUACUCCACUGUGGACACACUCUGAUGAUACUGAUUUUUCAGAUAUAAAGUCACUUUCAUUGGAUCUUCCAAAGAACAAAUUUAGUGUAACGAAUAAGUCUGAUGAGAAAAAAGAAGUAGAUGUAAAGGUCUCUCUGGAUAUUCAAAGAACUCAAAGUACUAAUCAGUUUGACUAUACUGAUGACAAUGGAGUCGUAUCAUUCACACCUAAAUCUAGCCACGUGUUUAAUAAGGUAUCUGAAGGUAAUACUGUUAUUUGGGAAUCUAGGGAUGAUGUCUAUUGUACUUUGGUUAGGACAAAAUCUGUAGAUGGUGUUAGAUUCCUAGCUCUUCUUCUAGAAAAUAGUUUGUUCAAACUAUUCCAUCUCGACGGUAAUAACUGGAAAGAUUUAACUUCUGAUAGACCCGAUAUUACUAACCUCAAGUUCCUUGAUGACAACAAUCUUGAGCUCAAGUCUUCUGACUACCAGGUUAAGUUAGUCGGCCUAUCCUAUACCAUAAAAUUCAAUACCGAUGUCAACUGUAAGAAGAUCACAUAUAAUGAUAUGCCUGUUUGGACUCACACUGACCAUGCUAACUUCUCUGAGAUAAAGUCACUCUCACUAGAUCUUCCCAAGAAUAAGUUCAUUAUCAAGAAUUCCUCAGAUCAGACAAUGCAAGUAGGUGUCAAGGUAUCUCUGGAUAUCCAGAAGACUCAGUCUACCGAUCAGUUCGAAUACUUUAAGGAUGAUGAUUGUCAUACAUUCACACCUAAGUCUGGAUAUAUAUUUAACAAAGUAUCUCAUGUUACCGAUCCGGUUUGGGAAUCAAGUGAUUGUGUAUUUGGUACAUUGGUUAGGACUAAGGUUUCCAAGGAUGUUAAAUAUCUAGCCAUGCUCCUCACUAAUGAUAUGUUCAAGGUAUUCAAAGAGUCUGAUGGUACUUGGAAGGAUAUCACCUCUAUGAGACGUGAUGUUACUAGACUGAAGUUUAUUGAUGAUAAUGAUGUUGAGAUCUCUUCUUCUGAUUAUACAGUUAGUAUUGUAGAUCUAUUAUAUAAUUUCACAUUCGAUGAUGGAGUCAAGUGUAAGAUGAUCACAUACUCUGAUGACGAAGUAUGGAAACAUAGUGACGAUCCUAAGUUUUCAGAGAUUACUAAAUUUCGACUUGGACUAGUAUCAAACAAUUUCUUCGUCCUUAAUGCAUCUGAAUUUAAAAAAGUAGGUAUCAAGAUCUGUCUGGAUAUCGAUAAGACUGAAUCCACAGAAAAGUAUUACUUUAAUGAUCAAAAUGGACUCCUCACAUUCACACCUAAUUCUGGAUAUGUAUUCAACAAGGUCACUGAGGGUACCAAAGAAAUUUGGGAAUCUAAGGAUAAUGUCUAUGCUUCCAUGACAAUGUCAAUGACUCUUGAUAACAAGAAAUUCCUAGCCAUAUUACUCACAAAUAAUAUGUUCAAAUUGUUCCAUCUUGAGAAUAAUGAGUGGACUGACAUCACCAUCCAGAAACAUAAUAUUACUAAACUUAAGUUCUUCGGUGAGAAUGACGCUGAACUCAAAGCAUCAGACUACAAUGUUUCAUUAGAAAAUGACUCAUUUACCUACCUAUUUAAUGAUGGAGUCAAAUGUAAGAAGAUUAUCUAUUCUGAUCUUGAUGUGUGGAAUCAUACUGACGACAAGGACUAUUCAGAGAUAAAGUCAUUUUCAUUGGGACUUUCUAGUAACAAAUUUAGUGUCACAAAUUCCUCAGAUCAUUCUAAGCAGGUAGACGUCAAGGUCACUCUGAAUAUUGAGAAAACUCAGUCUACUGAUCAUUUCGAUCACUCUAAGGAUGAUAAAUUUCAUACGUACACUCCUAAGGAUGACUAUGUAUUCAACAAGAUCAUAAAGAAACCACUAGUUACUAGUACUGUAGAUAUUUGGGAAUCCAAGGAUGAUCUUUGUGGUACCUUGGUAGUGACUAAGGAUGAAAGUGGUUUAUUAAACAAAGAUAAACAUCUUGCCAUACUUCUCAAGAAUAAUACUUUUGUACUACUUCAUAGCUCUGAUAAGGGUAAGAACUGGAAAGAUCUAACUGAUCAAAAGUAUGAUGUUACUAAGUUGAAGUUCUUUGAUGAGAAUGAUAUUGAGUUAACUGCAUCUGAUUACGAGGUUACCUUAGUUAACUUAUCCUAUCAACACAAGUUCAAUGAUUCUGUAAAUUGUAAGAAUAUCACAUACAAUGAUAUCACUAUUUGGAACCACAGCGAUGAUCAGGAUUACUCAGAAAUAAAGUCACUUCAUCUUGAUCUUCUAUCAAAUAAGUUCAGUGUCAUGAAUUCCUCUGAUCAGUCAAAGGAACUUAAAGACAUUACCAUGGUUGCUCUUGAUAUUGAUAAGACUCAAAGUACCAAUGAGUUUGACUUUGCUGAUCAGAAUGGUGUCAUCACUUAUAGUCCUAAAUCAAGCCAUGUGUUCAUUAAGAUCACUCAGGGUACCACUGUUGUUUGGGAAUCCUCAAAUGAUAUUCAAUGUACUUUAGCUACCAUUACGUCCAAGGAUGAUGGUAAAUACCUUUCUAUACUCCUCAAAGAUAAUAGUUUCAAACUGUUCAAACUGGACGGAAACAACUGGAAAGAUCUAACUGAUCAAAAGUAUGAUAUUAAUAAACUCAAAUUCCUUGGUGAAGGUGAUACUGAACUCUCCAAGUCUGAUUAUACUGUAAUAUUAACUGACGACCUGUAUGAAUACAAGUUUAAAGAUUCUGUAAAGUGUAAGAAAAUUACCUAUUCCGAUCUUGAUGCUUGGUCACAUACUGAUGAUCCUGACUUCUCAGAGAUAAGAUCCCUUCAACUGGGUCUUCCAAGUAACAAAUUGUAUGUCACAAAUACCUCAGAUCAGAAAAAACAAGUAGAUAUUAAGGUAUCUCUUGAUAUCCAGAAGACUGAAAGUACUAAUCAGUUCUCUUAUAGUAAUCAGAAUGGUCUAGUCACUUAUACUCCUAAGGAUAACCAUGUAUUCAACAAGGUAUCUCAGGGUACUAAGGAUAUCUGGGAAUCCAAAGAUGACGUCUGUGGUACCUUGGUGAUGUCUAAAACUUUGGAUAAUAAGAAAUACCUAGCAAUACUACUCAGUGACAAUAUGUUCACAUUAUUCAAUGAGGAUGAUAAUGAGUGGAAGGAUAUCACCGAUAAGAGACUUGAUAUUACUAAGCUCAGGUUCCUAGGUGACAAUGAUACUCCGAUAACCUCAUCCCACUACACUGUUAGCUUAUCCAACUUAUUAUAUACGUACAAGUUCAAUACUGGAGUCAAAUGUGUUAAGAUCACAUACAAUGAUAAUCCACUGUGGACACACAGUGAAGACUCUUCAUUUGCAGAGAUAAAGUCACUUCAACUAGAUCUUCCUACCAACAAAUUGUAUGUCACAAAUACCUCAGAUCAGAAAAAGCAAGUAGACAUAAAGGUCUCCCUUGACAUUGAGAACAGUCAGUCUACUGAUGAUUUCAACUUCAGUGAAGACAACGGUGUGGUCACUUUCAUUACUAAGGAUAACCGUGUGUUCAGUAAGAUAUCUCAUGGAGCCACUCUGGUCUGGGAAUCCACAAAUGACGUCUAUGGUACCCUGGUAAGGACUAAGACUCUUGACAAUGUUAAAUUCCUAGCUGUCCUUAUGACCAAUAAUAUGUUCAAGCUGUUUAAAGAGGACUCUAGCAAUUGGACCAAUAUCACCUCUGAUAGACUUGAUAUUACUAAGCUUAAGUUCCUUGGAGAUGGUAAUGCUGAGCUAAAGUCAUCAGAUUAUACAGUUAACUUAUCCAACUUCUCAUAUACCUACCAUUUCAACACUGAUGUCAGCUGUAAGAAUAUCACAUACGCUGAUAAUCUACUGUGGUCACCUACUGAUGACUCUGAGUUUGCAGAUAUAAAGUCACUUCAACUGAAUCUUCCUACAAACAAAUUGUAUGUCACAAAUCCUUCUGAUGAGACAAAACAAGUUGAUAUUAAGGUUUUACUUGACCUAGACACUAGUCAGUCUACUGAUAAGUUCAACUUCAGUGAAGACAACGGUGUGGUCACUUUCAUUACUAAGGAUAACCGUGUGUUCAGUAAGCUUGUGGAUGGAGCCACUGAUAUUUGGGAAUCCAAGGAUAGUGUCUUUGGUUCCUUGGUAAUCUCUAAUACUCUCGACGAUGUUAGAUUCUUAGUCAUGCUACUUACUGAUAAUUUGUUCAAGCUGUUCAAACUGGACGGUAAUGAGUGGAAGGAUAUAACUUCUGAGAGACAUGAUAUUGACAGACUGAAAUUCUUCGGUGACUCUGAUAAUCCUCUCACCAAGAAUGACUACUCAGUUACCCUGCAUGGUCUAUCCUAUCAAUACAAGUUCAAUACGGGAGUCAAAUGUAAGAAGAUCACAUACGAUGAUAAUGAUGUUUGGACUCAUACUUAUGACAAGGACUUUUCAGAAAUAAAGUCAAUUGCUUUGGAUUUUCCCAAGAAUAAGUUCAUUAUUACGAAUUCCAAUGAUGAGUCUAAGGAACUCACUGUAAAGGUUGACCUUGAUGUUAAUGCUACUCAGUCUACUAGUCAAUUUGACUAUACAGAUCAGAAUGGACUAUUUACAUACACUCCUAAGUCUGGCUUUGUGCUCAACAAGGUAGUUGAGGGUACUAAGGAUAUUUGGCAAUCCACAGAUGAUGUCUAUGGUUCUUUAGUGAUGUCGAAGAUUGUUGAUAAUAAGAAAUACCUGGCCAUACUCCUCACAGAUAAUACAUUCAAAGUAUUCCAUGAGGAAUCCGAUGAGUGGCACGAUUUAACCAACCAGAGACAUGAUGUUACUAAACUCAAGUUCAUUGGAGAGAGUGAUACUGAGAUCAAGUCUUCAGACUUAGAAGUUUCCUUGGUAGAUUUUUCAAUUUGCUAUUCACUUGACAAUGAUUUCAUGUGUCGUAAGAUCAUGUAUGGAGAUUAUGAACUGUGGACUCAUACUGAUGAUGCUAACUUUUCCUCAAUAAAGUCACUCUCUCUAGAUCUUCCAAACAACAAGUUCCUUGUCAAAAAUUCCUCUGAUCAGUCUAAGGAACUCAACAUCAAGGUAUCUCUGGAUAUCCAGAAGACUCAGUCUACUGAUAAGUUCGACUUUAGUGAAGACAAUGGAGUUGUUACAUAUACUCCUAAAUCUGACCAUGUAUUCAAUAAGGUAGUGGAUGGUUCCACUGCUAUUUGGGAAUCCAGUGAUGAUGUUUUUGGUACUUUGGUUAGGACUAAGACUAUGGAUAGUUCUAGAUACCUAGCCAUUUUAAUGAAUGAUAAUAUGUUCAAAGUAUUCCAUCAGUUGGCUGGUCAAUGGAAAGAUCUCACUGCUAAGAGACUUGAUGCUACAAAACUUAGGUUCCUUGGUGAUAACGAUAGUGAACUCACAACUUCUGACUACAAGGUUGAUUUGGUAGAUUUAUCAUAUACACACAUAUUCAACUCUGGAGUCAAGUGUAAGAAUAUCACAUUUGAUAAUAUGCCUGUUUGGACUCACAGUGAAGACUCUUCAUUUGCAGAAUUAAAGUCAAUUGCUUUGGAUCUUUCAACAAACAAAUUGUAUGUCACAAAUACCUCAGAUGAGUCUAAGGAACUAGACAUAAAGGUUUCCCUUGACAUAUCGAAGACUGAGUCUACAGAUGAAUAUAACUUUAAUGACCAGAGUGGACUAUUUACAUUCAAACCUAAGGAUAACUAUGUAUUCAAUAAAGUCACUGAUGGUACCACAGAUAUCUGGCAGUCCAAAAAUAAUCUCUAUGGUACAUUAGUAAUGUCAAAGACUGUGGAUAAUGAUAAAUACCUAGCUCUCUUGCUGACCAAUAAUAUGUUCUUAUUAUUCCAUCAAGAUCAGGACGGUAACUGGGCCAACAUCACUGCUAUGAGACAUGAUAUCAAGAAACUUAAAUUCCUUGGUGACAGUGAUAAUCCUCUAUCAAAUAGUGAUUAUACUGUUACAAUUGUAGAUUUAUCAUAUCAAUACAAGUUCAAAGAUGGAGUCAAGUGUCACACAGUGAAGCUAGGUGAAGGUGAUCUAUGGUCACAUACUGAUGACUCUGAUUUUUCGGAGAUAAAGUCAUUUCAACUAGAUCUUCCCACCAAUAAGUUCAGUGUUACAAAUCUUAAAGAUGAGUCAAUUCAACUUUCCAAAGCUAGGGUCACUCUGGAUAUCCAGAAUACUCAUAGUACUAAUGAAUGCCACUAUUCCUACGAUCAUAAUAUUCAUACAUUCACUCCCAAGCCAAACUAUGUAUUCACUAAGGUUACUCAGGGUUCCACAGAUAUUUGGGAAUCAACUGAUUUUUAUGGUACCUUGGCUAAGCUUAAGUCUAUGGAUGAAGGGAAUAAGAAAUACCUCCUUCUCUUACUGGAUAGUAAUAAAUUUAAACUGUUCCAUGAGGUAUCCGGUCAAUGGCAAGAUAUAACUGCUAAGAGACAUGAUCUCACCAAACUUAAGUUCCUUCGUGACGGUAACACUGAAAUCACAUCAUCAGACUACUCAAUUGGUAUUGUUGAGUACUCCUAUGAAUACAAGUUUAAUACUGGUGUAAAGUGUAGAAAGAUCAUGCUAGGAGAAGAAGAACUGUGGAAACAUACCGAUGAUACUGAGUUUCAGUCAAUCAAGUCAUUUUCACUAGAUCUUCUCAUGAACAAGUUCUUUAUCAAGAACUCCACUGAUAAGACAAAACAACUGGGUAUCACUGUCAAUGUUGAUAUCCCGAAACUUCUUAGUACUCCUAAAUCUAUCAAUGUUACUCAAACUCCACAAGCUGAAACUGCUCCUACUCAAACUCAGACUACUCCAACUAGUACUACUCCUGAAUCUGAACAAACAGAAGAGACUACUCCACAGUCUACCCCUGAAACUCCCGAAGCUGAGGCUACUCAAACUCCCGAAACUACCGAAGCUACUCCUCACACUUCUCAAACUCUACAGGCUAAGUCUACCAAUGAGCCUGUUUAUCAAACAUUAACAGCUAAGUCUGAUAAUUUGUUUGAUAAGGUAUCUGAUGGUAACACUGUUGUUUGGGAAUCCAAUGAUGAUGUCUGUGGUACCAUGGUCAGUAUUAAGUCUGAUCGGAAAGAAAUUCAUCUGGCCGUACUUCUUCAGGAUAAUGACUUUGUACUAGUUCAUAAGGAUAAUAAGGAUGAUACUUGGAAAGAUAUAACUUCUGAAAGAGCCGAUGUUACUAAUCUUAAAUUCCUUGAUGAUACUGAUACUGAGCUCUCGCCAUCAGACUAUACAGUUACCAUUGUCGAUCUAUCUUAUGAACAUAAAUUUAAUGAAGAUGUCAAGUGUCACACCGUUAAGUAUGGUGAAGACGAAGUAUGGACUCACACUGACGACACUAAGUUUUCAGAGAUAAAGAAACUUUCUUUGGAUCUUCCUUCAAACAAGUUUACUAUCACAAAUCUUGAUGAUCAGAGGAAGGAGCUUACCACCACCUUUACUAGGGUCUCUGUUGAAAUUAAGAAGAAAGAUCCUAAUCGUCAGUAUGACUAUUCUAAGAGUUCUAAUUUCCACAAAUUCACUCCUAAGGAUGGUAAUUUGUUUACUAAGGUAUCUAAGGGAUCUGAUGUGGUUUGGGACUCUAAAGUCGAGUAUGUUACCUUGGUCAAUAUUAAGACUCUUAAUAAUAAGACAUACCUAUCCAUGCUACUUCAGAAUAAUUCAUUUGUAGUACUUCAGAAGUCAGAUAAUACCUGGAAGGAUAUAACUUCUGAGAGAUAUGAUAUUACUAAGUUGAAGUUUUUUGGUGACAGUGAUAAUCCUCUCACCAAGAAUGAUUACACAACUACCAUUGCUGAUUGUUCCUAUAGAUUUAAGUUCAAUACUGGUGUCAUCUGUAAGACGAUUAAGUAUGGUGAUGAGGAUGUUUGGAAACAUGAUGAUGAUACCAACUUCUCAGAAAUCACUAUUCUGGAUCUGAAUCUUACCAAUAAUAAGUUCAGUGUAACAAAUAAUCAAUCUAAUUCUAAAGAACUAGAUUAUAACGGGUCAAUUACUCCAGCAGAGACUACACCAGCUGAUACUUCUAAACCUAAGCUAAAACUUCCUAAACUUCCUGCUUCUAAGCCACAAACUCAGACUUCAUCUACUAAACCUGUAUCCACUCCAGCAGUACCUACCAAAAAUACACUUAUCUCUCUUGACAUCAAUUCCACUCAAAGUACCAGCGAGUUUGACUAUACUGAUCAAAAUGGUGUCAUUACAUUCACUCCCAAGGAUAACCAUGUAUUCAGUAAAGUGGUUGAUGGUAACAAUGUAGUUUGGCAAACUAAACCUGUUUUGUAUGGUACUGAAUUAAUGUAUAUUGAAAGUGUCAAAUAUCUAGUUGUUCAACUUCAGGACAAUAUAUUCAAACUAUUUGUUCACUUCGCUGGUAUCUGGACUGACAUCACUCAUAAGCGGUAUGAUAUUAAGAAACUUAAGUUCUUUGGUGAUAAUGAUACUGAACUCACCUCAUCUGACUACAAGAUCACUAUCUUCCGUUUCUUUUAUACCUUCACAUUCAAUGAUGCUGUUAAAUGUAAGAAGAUCAUGUAUGGUAAAGAUGAUGUUUGGAAACAUAGUGAUGACACUGAAUAUUCAGAAAUCAAGAAAUUUCAGAUUGGUCUUGCCUCAAACGAAUCCUUUGUCUUUAAUAAUAAAUUAAAAUCUAAAAUACUCGACUAUAAACCUGAGACUCCAAAAACCAAACCUAAAUCAGAAACUCCAGAGGAUGAUGAUACUACUCCACAAGAGACUACUGAUACUAAACUACCUGAUACUAAGGAAUCAUCUGAUGACACUUCAACUACUCCAGCUCCUGUCACUACUAAACCGGUCACUAUACUUACUGUUGAUAUUGAUAAGACUCAGAGUACUGAUUACUAUGACUACAUUUUGGAACAUUGA